AUGGUCAAUGGGUGGCCCAAGUGUGUCCCCAAGCCCUCGUGCCACAACUUCCAAUGCAAGGGAAGGUCCCGGUGCCACAUGGUGGCCGGGAGACCCAAGUGUCUCCCCACCCCUUCGUGCCGCCUCUUCCAGUGCGAUGAAGGCAUGAGGUGCAAGAUGGUUGGGGGUUGGCCCAAGUGCGUCCACCUCGCCCCAUCCUGCCACCUCAUUCGCUGUGCCAAGGGCACCCAAUGCAAGAUGGUCAACGGGUGGCCCAAGUGCGUGCGGAAGCAGCUCUUCCUAAGGGAAGCUCCGUCCCCUCCAGGUCUCCAGAGGUCACCUUCGUGCCACCAGCACCCUUGUCCCCAAGGGACCACGUGUAAGAUGCUUGAUGGUUGGCCCCAGUGUGUCCAAGCUAAGACAUCCUCGAGGAGACCUUCUUGUGGUGACAUCCAAUGCCCUAAAGGGACUGCGUGCAAGAUGACCAACGGGUGGCCUCACUGUGUCCAAGCCCAACCCACCUGCCGGGACAUCCAGUGCCAGCCAGGAGCCAGGUGCCACGCCGUCAACGGUUGGCCACGGUGCGUCCCAACCAAGGCAUCCCCAGGCCAACCGUGCCGAGAUGUCCGAUGUCCCAAAGGCACCUCCUGCAAGGUGAUGGAGAACCAACCACGCUGCGUCCAGCACCCUCCUUCCUGCGAUGACAUCCAGUGCCAGCAAGGAACCGUGUGCCACAUGGUGGAUGGGUGGCCUUGGUGUGGCCCAAUGAAGAUCUCCCACCCCUCCGUGCUCCUCAAGCCACCGUCAUGCCAAGAGGUCCAUUGCCAGAAGGGGACCGUGUGCAAGAUGCUGGAUGGGUGGCCCAAGUGUGUUGGUCCCCUGCCCUCAUGCGGGGACAUCCAGUGUCCCAAGGGCACCAUGUGCCAGAUGGGCACCACCUGCAACAUGGUCGAUGGCCAACCCCAGUGUGCCCACAACCCCCCCUCAUGCCAUGAUGUCCAGUGCCAGAAGGGGACCUCCUGCCAAAUGGUUGAUGGUUGGCCACGAUGCAUCCAAGCCAAGACCUCCAUAAGGAGACCUUCAUGCAAUGAUCUCCACUGUCCCAAUGGAACCACCUGCAACAUGGUCAAUGGCCAGCCCCAGUGUGUCCAGACCAAGGUACCCCCAAGGCCACCUUCCUGCCAUGACCUCCAGUGUCCCCAAGGGACCACGUGUAAGAUGCUGGAUGGUCAACCUCAAUGUGUCCAUCAGCAACCAACCUGCAGUGACAUCCAGUGUCAGAAGGGAACCUCCUGCCAGAUCCUUGAUGGUUGGCCAAGAUGUGUCCAAGCCAAGACCUCCAUUAGGAGACCUUCAUGCAGCCACAUCCGGUGUCCCAAAGGGACCACCUGCAACAUGGUCAAUGGGUGGCCUCAAUGUGUCCAUCACCAACCUUCAUGCAGUGAUGUCCAGUGUUCCAAGGGUGCCACCUGCAACAUGGUCAAUGGCCAACCCCAAUGUGUUCAAUCCAAGAUCUCCAUUAGUAGACCUUCCUGCAGUGACCUCCAGUGUCCAAAGGGAACAACGUGUAACAUGGUCAAUGGCUGGCCCCAAUGUGUCCAUCACCAACCUUCAUGCCAAGACAUCCAAUGCCAGAAGGGGACCUCCUGUCAGAUGGUUGAUGGCUGGCCAAGAUGCAUCUCAGCCAAGACCUCCAUAAGGAGACCUUCAUGCAAUGACCUCCAAUGUCCCAAAGGAACCACCUGCACCAUGCUCAAUGGCCGACCCCAGUGUGUCCAAUCCAAGUUCUCCAUUAUCAGACCUUCAUGCAGUGACCUCCACUGUCCCCGUGGAACCACCUGCAACAUGGUCAAUGGCCAACCCCAGUGUGUCCAAUACCAACCAACCUGCAGUGACAUCCAUUGCCAGAAGGGAACCUCCUGCAACAUGGUCAAUGGGUGGCCAAGAUGUGUCCAAACCAAGACUUCCAUAAGGAGACCUUCAUGCAGUGACCUCCAGUGUCCCAAAGGGACCACCUGCAACAUGGUCAAUGGGUGGCCCCAAUGUGUCCAUCACCAGCCUUCAUGCAGUGAUGUCCAGUGUGGGAAAGGAACCUCCUGCCAGAUGGUUGAUGGUUGGCCAAGAUGCAUCCAAGCCAAGACCUCCAUCAGGAGACCUUCGUGCAGCCACAACCAAUGUCCCACGGGCACCACCUGCAACAUGGUCAAUGGCCAACCCCAAUGUGUCCACAACCCACCCUCCUGCCAGGAUAUCCAAUGCCAGAAGGGGACCAUGUGCCAGUUGGUUGAUGGUUGGCCAAGAUGCAUCCAAGCCAAGACCUCCAUUAUGAGACCUUCUUGCAGCCACAUCCAAUGUCCCAAAGGGAGCACAUGUAACAUGGUCAAUGGGUGGCCUCAAUGUGUCCAUCACCAACCUUCAUGCCAGGAUACCCAAUGCCAGAAGGGAACCUCCUGUCAGAUGGUCGACGGUUGGCCAAGAUGCACCCAAGUCAAGACCUCCAUAAGGAGACCUUCAUGCAGUGACCUCCAAUGUCCUAAGGGAACAACAUGUAACAUGGUCAAUGGGUGGCCUCAAUGUGUCCAUCACCAACCUUCCUGCCAGGACAUCCAGUGUGGGAAAGGAACCUCCUGCCAGAUGGUCAAUGGGUGGCCAAGAUGCAUCCAAACCAAGACCUCCAUUAUGAGACCUACUUGCAGCCACAUCCAAUGUCCCAAAGGGACCACCUGUAGCAUGGUCAAUGGGUGGCCUCAAUGUGUCCAUCACCAGCCUUCAUGCAGUGAUGUCCAGUGUGGGAAAGGAACCUCCUGCCAGAUGGUUGAUGGUUGGCCAAGAUGCAUCCAAGCCAAACUCUCUGUAAGGAGACCUUCAUGCAGUGACCUUCAAUGUCCCCAUGGAACCAUCUGCAACAUGGUCAAUGGCCAACCGCAAUGUGUCCAACCCAAGACCUCCAUAAUGAGACCUUCAUGCAGUGACCUCCAAUGUCCCAAAGGGACCACCUGCAACAUGGUCAGUGGGUGGCCUCAAUGUGUCCAUCACCAACCUUCAUGCAGUGACGUCCAAUGCCAGAAGGGGACCUCCUGCCAAAUGGCUGAUGGUUGGCCAAGGUGCAUCCAAGCCAAGGCCUCCAUAAGGAGACCUUCAUGCAGUGACCUCCAAUGUCCCAUGGGGACCACCUGUAAGAUGACCAAUGGUUGGCCUCAAUGUGUCCACCACCAACCCUCGUGCAGCGACACCCAAUGUCCCCUGGGUGCCACCUGCACCGUGGUCAAUGGGUGGCCCCGCUGCCUUCCCACCCACCCCCUCCUCACCUCCAUGUCCUGGGGCCACCAUAAACCCACCCUGCCCUUGACCCCCAGCUUCUCUUCCCCCCCCAUGUCCUGCAUUGGCAUCCACUGCGUCUCCCUCCCCAUGUCCUGCCACCAUGUCCCCUGUCCUCCUCCCACCGCCUGCGUGCUGCUCCAUGGUCACCCUGCAUGCGUGACCCGUCCCUCCUGCCACCACCUCCAGUGCGCGGUGGGCAUGGGCUGCAAGGUCCUCAACGGGUGGCCCCGCUGCGUCCGCGUCCCCUCUUGCCACGACCUUCGUUGUGCAGUCGAGACCACGUGCAGGCUGGUGGCAGGGUGGCCCAAGUGCAUCCGGAUGACCCGGAGCAUCCCCAUGGCCUCCUGCUCCAGCGUCUCCUGCCCGCCGGGCUCUGUGUGCCACCCGGGGGAGGACAGCCCCCGUUGCGUGCCCUCCAAAGCCACCUGCUCCACCUUGAGGUGCUCCGAGGGUUCCACGUGCCACGUGGUGGAUGGGCAGCCCCAGUGCCGGCCCGCGUGCUCCUCCGUGCGCUGCCCCACCGGUACCUCCUGCCACGAGGAAGGCGGGUGGCCAACGUGCGUCCCCAUCAAGCCAUCGUGUGCCACCGUCCGCUGCCCACCGGGGACCUCCUGUGACCUGGUGGAGGACUGGCCGACGUGCGUCCCCACCGAGCCCAGCUGCUCCCAGGUGCAGUGCCCGCCGGGGACGGGGUGUCAGAUGGUGCAAGAGCGCCCCACGUGCGUCCCCACCAAGCCCACGUGCUCCCAGGUGCAGUGCCCGCCGGGAACCGCGUGCCGAGGGGUGGAAGGGUGGCCCAAAUGCGUCCUCAAGAAGCCGUCGUGCCAUGAUGUCCGUUGUCCCCAUGGAAGCACGUGCAGGGUGGUGGGAAGCACCCCCAGGUGCAUCCAUGUGCCACAACCCCCCCUUGUUUGCCACAUCUUGGGCCGCUGGCGCUACCGGGCCUUUGAUGGGAAGACCCAUGGCUUGAGCCCGGCUUGCACCCAAGCCUUGGUGAGCACCUGCAGCACCCAAUUGCCCUCCCUCGAGGUCACCGCUGGAGGCCAAGUGGGGAGAGGACCAGGAGCCACCUUCAACCACGUCAGCAUCCGUGGGGAUGGAUUCGAGGUGGUUCUGCUCCGUGGAGAGGAGACCGUGGCCAGGGUAUCCGGGCACCCAUCCCGCCUGCCCCUGGUGCUGGCGGGAGGCCGGGUGCGUGUGGAGCGCCGUGGGGGCCAGCGCAGGGUGACCACGUCCAUGGGAGUGCGGGUGGCCAUCGGGGGGGACGGCGCCGUGACCGUGACGGCCCCAAUGGGGCUCAGGGGGCAGCUCUGUGGGGUCUGCACCCAGGACAAGGACAAGGAGGGAGAGGAGAGGACGUGCGUUCCCCCCUGCAUCCCCAAAUACCCCCAGGAGCCUUGUCCCCCACAACCCCUUCCAUUGCCCACCUCCAGCCCCACCUCCACCUCCAGCCCCACCACCUCCACCUGCUCCGUGCUGGGCAUGGGGCACCUCCGCACCUUCGACCGCCUCCAUCACCACUUCCCCAUCUCCUGCGGCCACCUCUUGACCGGGAUCUGCUCUGGGCCCGGAUCCUUCCGUGUCCUGCUCCGGGGCGGCCCCGGUGGCCUCCAUGGGGUGGACAUCCUGGUGGGACGCACGCGUGUGGGGCUGGAGCCCGGCUUGGUCACGGUGAGCAGCUACAGUGGGGAGUAG